AGCGCUCAACCCUGCUCCGCGUCCUCAACUCUCUUACCGUAUCAACGAUCAUCAUGCACUGAACGACUGCGACCAGAGAGCUGAUUCAAGACUCAAAACAGCACGGAGUUGUGUUUGUCGGAUGCAGUUUGCCCGUAUGCCUCCCUCCACAGUCGUGAUUUCAUUCUAAAAAAAAAAACGGAAUACUCAGCCCCGAAAGCGGACCAAGUUUUUGCAGUUGAAAGCACCCCUGUGUGAUGAACCUGGAGCGAAGUGAAAGAGGGGAGCGUCCCUCUGCUCGAGGCCUGGAGAUGGACCCUCGCACUGUGGGGAAGAUGGGGAAGACGAGCGUGGGCUUCCAGAGGAGCUCCACCUCGGAUGACGACUCUGGUUGUGCGCUGGAGGAGUACGCGUGGGUGCCACCAGGACUCAGACCUGAGCAGGUGCAGAUGUAUUUCUCCUGUCUACCAGAGGACAAGGUGCCGUAUGUGAACAGCCCCGGAGAGAAGCACCGGAUCCGACAACUCCUCUACCAACUGCCGCCGCACGACAAUGAGCUGCGUUACUGCCACUCUCUCAGCGAAGAGGAAAAGAGGGAGCUCCAUAUGUUCAGCGCCCAGAGGAAGAGAGAGGCACUUGGGAGAGGAACACCCAAGAUCCUGCCCCGGGCUCUGCAACACACACGCUGUGAAAAUUGUGCCGGUGGUAUCAACGGAGGGGAGAUGGCAAUUUUUGCCUCCAGAGCUGGGCCGAGCCCCUGCUGGCACCCAGCAUGCUUUGUGUGUUCCACGUGUCAAGAGCUUCUGGUGGAUCUGAUCUAUUUCUCCCAAAAUGGCAAGAUCCUCUGCGGAAGACACCAUGCUGAGCUUCUCAAACCUCGAUGCUCUUCUUGUGAUGAGAUCAUCUUUGCGGAUGAGUGCACUGAAGCAGAGGGUCGUCACUGGCACAUGAAGCACUUUGCCUGUUUCGAGUGUGAAACAAUGCUUGGUGGGCAGCGCUACAUCAUGAAAGAUGGGAGGCCAUUCUGCUGUGGCUGCUUUGAGUCACUGUAUGCAGAGUAUUGCGAGGCCUGUGGUGAAAAUAUUGGUGUAGACCAUGCCCAGAUGACCUAUGAAGGUGUACACUGGCACGCCACAGAUCAGUGCUUUUGUUGUGCCCAGUGCAAGACAUCAUUGCUGGGCUGUCCCUUCCUUCCAAAGCAGGGUCACAUCUAUUGCUCAAAGGCAUGCAGCCAGGGGGAAGAUAUCCAUGCAUCAGACUCAUCUGAUUCUGCCUUCCAGUCCGCCCGGUCUCGUGAAUCCCGGCGUAGUGUCCGCAUGGGGAAGAGUAGCAGGCCUGCUGAACAGUGGAGACAGUCGCAGGUGCUUAACUCCGCUGCCACCGUCUCCUCGCUUGAGUUUAAGUUUGGAGAUGGAGAGCGAGAUGGACAUGCUGAUUGUGACAUUGGAAUUGUAGGGCGCAAACUGGCCCAUCUAGGCUUGGAGGAGGAGAGAUUCUGGAGGGAUCGGGAGGAACAGGAUGCUGGUGGAGAGGAGGAUCCAGAGGAGUGGGCCCAGCAUGAUGACUAUAUGACCCAGCUCCUGCUCAAGUUUGGUGACCAUGGGAUGUUACACCAACUUCAACAGCCAUCCCUUAAAUCUCCUAGCCCGAGCAGUGACAGAAACAGGAUAAUUAGUGUCUCUGAUCCCUGGCUUAAGCCUGACAGUACAUCCAUGAGGGUAACAGCCUCCUCUCCCACCCCUGCAAGUCCUACCCAGAGCCAGAUUUCCAGUCAGUCUCGAGCCAACAGCCUUAGCCCUGGACUAAUGAGCAAGAAGAACCUGCCUGAAAUGUACUGGGCACAAUCCCAGGACGGGAUGGGAGACUCAGCCUACGGGAGUCACCCAGGUCCUGCCAGUGCAAGAAAGAUUCAAGAGCUAGAGUUAGACCAGGAUCAGGACCAAUCUGGGACAGGGAGACAGGCCUUCUGGUCAGACAACAGGCAGUGGUAUGAUGACUCCCUCGAGUGUAUUGCUGACGAGCUGAGGAGAGUUGGACAGGGUGCUGGAGACUCCAUGGACUCCCUGGCACUUUCAAACAUCACUGGUGCAUCAGUGGAUGGAGAAUGCAGGGACAGACCUAUAGUCUACACCCUUGCCAUGCAGGAUCCUUUGGUGGCAGAUGACUGCGAGAAGAUGAGCAACAUGGGAACCUUUAAUUCCUCUCAUCUUCACCACAGUGCCAACUCUCUAAUCCUAAAUAUGGAGAAGGGAGACGAAGAGGAGUUAGCAUUGGCAAUGCGGGGAGGCACAACAGGAGGACUUACCCCAUUGUCCCCACAAUCAGAAGGUCUCCCUUCCUCCUUUGUCCAUGCCCCAGCUCUGAGAAGGAGCAAGUCUCAAUCCAGGCCUCCUCAAAUGGUCAAGUUCUCAGAAGAUACAGUGGACAAUGGAUAUAAUGAUGGGUUUGAUGUCAAUAUUAGAAGACAUCCUAUGAGUGAGAAGCCACAGCGUAGGGUAUUCUGCCCCGAUGAAACAGGCAGAGAUAGAGGCCGCCCAGCGAGCCACCAUGGACGUAGCAGGCAGCAUCACAACCAUCAUGGCCAAGGCCGUCACCACAAGGGCCGCAAGACACGAUCAGACAACAACCUUCACAUGGUUCCUUUGGAGAAAGUACAGAGGCCCUUUGAGCACCAACAGCAAGGUCUGGCAAACCCCCUUUGUAAUCCAAUGCUGCUACAGAAUCCAGCACACAGACUUCCCAUGGCCUAUUCCCAGUCAAGGUCCGACUUUACGCCUCAGGGUGCAGUUCAAGGAAACCCACACGUUGAACAUUACAUGGGUCUUUACAGAGACGAAGACGACUGUUGCUCUACCUGCUCUUCCUCAUCAUCGGACUCUGAAGAGGAGGGCUAUUUUCUUGGUCAGCCAAUCCCUCAACCAAGAGCAGUUGGGCGCUACUAUGCUGAGGACUACCCAACAAGGGUUACAGCCAUCUCUUCACAAUUCCAUGGCUCACAGACUGGUCGCAGAAAGGGUCAUCGUUCCAAAAACUGUAUAAUUUCUUAACAGCUCAGAGUGUAUUUACAUUAUUAUCUGCACUACACUGAGCAAUAUUGAUCUUCUUUUCGAUGGACAUUUAGCAGAUGAAUCCAAGUUUGAAAAGGAUGUCAUACUCCACCUUGUAAAGUGUCCUUGGGUCCAUUGAAAGGCGCUUUAAAAAUUUGAUUUAUUGUUGUUGUUAUUAUUAAAACAGCCCAUGUCACCCUAACAGAAGGUCUGUAGCCAAAUGUCAAGAUGCAUAUCAUCUUUAAGGCCUAAAUCUACUGAAAAACAGAUAAAUGCCUACUGUUAGGAAAGCAAGGAAAUGUGGUCUCUUUGUCAGGUCGUUUUUUGUGUGUGUGCGCAAAUCAGGGCAUAAAUACUCGGCCUUACAAACCUUAGCACUAUUAAGAUAAAUGGACUGGAACAUUUUGAAUAAUUAUGCCCAGAGUUGGUAAUGCCACAACAACUUUUUCUUCUAUUUCAGCAUUUGACUUCAAGUCUUUUUUAAAUGUGCGUUUAGUUAAACGUUUUGCAGCAAUAUCUGUGUGCAAUAAAAUGGCAACAUAAUGUACACAGAGCCUGAUAAAGUAGGAAAUUAAAAAGAACCAAAUAAUUAUUUAAUUCAUAAUAGUACAAAAUGAUUAUGUAUAUACUAAGUUAAGAUUUUCAUACUGGUAUUUUUUAUAUCUUUGGUUUAAAUAAUUGAUUUUUGAAGUGUAUAAGAAAAAGCAACUGUUAAGGUAACCCAAUAGACCUCUUCAACAGUUAUGAGGAACAGCAAAGAUGCCACUUCAUCAACUGUGUUGUUCACAGCAAAGUGCCAUGUUACUUUGUAACAAUGUUUAUAAUAAAUGUUUAUAAUAACAUGCAGUAUAUUCCAAAAUGCUCACUUUGUGUAGAAAAUGCAAAUGGCAGUUACAUUUAAAUGUUACUGUAUUCAGCUGUACUGCUCACUACCCUGACAUAACCAGCUAAAUGCUUUGUGAUGUAAAAAGACGCUUGUAAUAAAUAUUUUCCCCCC